CUGGAGCCUGAAACCUGGGUGGAUAGGUAAUCCAUUAACCGUCCUUGGAGUCAAUGAUUAUCGAUUGCGAGAGAACCAGAUCGAAGUUCAACACAAACAAUAUCAUUGAGCACAGUUUCUGGAGCUGCAUCAUGUCUCUUAAAACCCUCUCCAGGGGGGUUUUGUUCAAACUUUUUAAACACAGUGUCUCCUCUUCUGAGAAAUCAUUCAGAGCAGGACAGCCAGCAGCAGCAGCAGCAGUGCAAGGACGAAGCUCCAUGCGGUGGUAUUACAACAACCCUGUGAAAGAUGGGUACCCUGCUACAGGACAGGCGGCCCACGUCCAGGUGGUGGACCUCCGCAGCGACACGGUGACGAAGCCCGGGCCGGCGAUGCGUCAGGCCAUGGCGGAGGCCGAGGUCGGAGACGACGUGAUGGGAGAAGACCCCACGGUGAACGAGUUGCAGAACAUCGCAGCUGACAUGUUUGGGAUGGAGGCUGCUCUGUUUGUUCCCACUGGAACCAUGAGUAACCUGAUCGCAGUGAUGGUGCACUGCAGGGAGAGGGGAGACGAGAUGAUUGUGGGCGACCUGUCCCAUUUGCACAUCUAUGAGCAAGGAGGGAGCGCACAGCUGGCCGGUGUCCACGCCACCACAGUGACCACCCUCCCUGAUGGAACAUUUGACUUGGAUCAGAUGGAGUCAAAGAUCCGCCACGGUUACCCAGACCCCCACUACCCCCGCUCACGCCUCGUAUGUGUGGAGAACACGCACAACAUUCAGGGAGGGCGUGUGCUGCCUUUGACCUUCCUGCAGAAGGUACGUGCUAUGGCAGAUAAAUAUGGUCUGCUGGUUCACAUGGACGGAGCCAGGCUGAUGAAUGCUGCUGUGGCGCAGGGGGUGCCUCCAUCCACCAUACUGCAGCACACACACACCGUCAGUGUGUGCUUAUCUAAGGGUUUGGGUGCUCCUGUGGGAACCAUGCUGGCUGGACCCAAAGACUUCAUAUCCCGAGCACUCCGAUGCCGUAAAGCAUUAGGUGGAGGGAUGCGACAGGCUGGUGUUCUUGCAGCAGCUGGAAAACUGUCUUUACUGGAGAUGGUAGGAAGACUGGAGGAGGAUCAUCAUAAUGCAAGAACUUUUGCUCAAGCUCUACUCAACUGUGACCCUCCUCUAUUUGAUGUCGACCUGACCACUGUGGAAACAAACAUCCUGCGUUUCCGUCUUCAGGAGCCGAGCUUGAGCCCCCCUGAGUUCUGUGCCCGCAUGGGCCAGGUUGGCGAUGGAGAGGAAGCCGCACUGGGUCAGGGGAUAAAAGUUCUCAUGUACCCUCAUUAUAGCAAUUCAGUACGGGCUGUGUGGCAUCUUGGGAUUUCUCCUGAAGAUACACAGCUGGCCAUUCGGAAAAUGCAGUUUGUGGCUUCUCAGUACUUAAAGGAAAAGCUCAGGGCUCAGUGAAACCUGAUAAUUUACAAGGUGUGUAGUCUGCUCACUAGGACUGAUCAGAGUAAAUGAAUGGACUAAUCUAGAAAAGGAUAAACUGGACAAUACAUUGAGUCUUUUUGUAUUGCAGUCGUCUUAAUAUAAUAAAUUUCACCCAAUCCAGUUUGCAGUACGCUCAUACAAAGAAUAUACAAUCAUUAAAUCUGUUGAACUAUU